GAAUCAGUUAAUAAAUAGAACUGACUUACACAAAAGACCAUUUAAAUAUCCAUCAUACAUUUAUUUAUACUUGGACUUUUUAAAUCUCAUAAAAUUCAUUGUGGUCUUCCCAUGAGAAGCGCACUUUUAAAAAGAUAAAAACUACCUUUUUUUUAUCAAAAUGGGUUAACCCUUUCUGCGUAUCCCCGAUGCUCUUGCGGAAGUUCAUUGCCGUCGUCACCGCUGUAAACAGUAAUAAAAUCAGAGAAUCUGGAAGAUAGGCAACGAAAAAACCCGAGCGACAAUGGCUAAUUACGGGCAACGGAGCAGCUUCUACAGAAAUCGUGUACCCCACUAGAUAACGGCCGUGAUUGAUAAAGCGCCAUUGAAUAUAUCGACUUACGGAUUCCCAAUGCUGCUGGGAUCCUCGUGAUCCUGGAAGCAUCCCACACAGGUGCUGCCGUCCCUCGGCAGCCGGACAGUCGGAUUGUAAACGGGCGCGAAGCCACCGAAGGCCAGUUUCCAUACCAACUCUCGCUGCGACGCCAAACAGUACACAUCUGCGGCGCCUCGAUCCUGUCCAGUAACUGGGCCAUCACUGCCGCUCAUUGCAUCGACGGGCAUGAGCAGCAGCCGCGAGAAUUCACCCUCCGCCAGGGCAGCGUCAUGCGUACCUCGGGCGGCACUGUUCAGCCGGUGAAGGCCAUCUACAAGCAUCCGGCCUACGAUCGGGCGGACAUGAACUUCGACGUGGCCCUUCUACGAACAGCGGACGGAGCCCUCAGCCUGCCGUUGGGCAAAGUGGCGCCCAUUCGAUUGCCCACCGUUGGCGAGGCCAUCUCGGAAAGCAUGCCCGCCGUCGUCUCUGGCUGGGGACACAUGAGCACCUCCAAUCCCGUCCUGUCGUCGGUACUCAAGAGCACUACAGUGCUGACAGUCAACCAGGAGAAGUGCCACAACGAUCUGCGCCAUCAUGGAGGCGUCACCGAAGCAAUGUUCUGCGCGGCCGCCAGAAACACAGACGCAUGUCAAGGCGACAGCGGAGGUCCGAUCAGCGCACAGGGAACCCUCAUCGGAAUCGUAUCCUGGGGAGUUGGCUGCGCGGAUCCGUACUAUCCAGGAGUUUACACCCGCCUGGCCCAUCCUACUAUUCGCCGUUGGAUACGCCUGCUCACAAAGUUGUAGAUUUUUAGCUGAUUAAAUGGAACUUAUACAUUAAAAGAUUGCUGCAUAAAUUGA